CUGAACUAUAAACAAGGAGGAAAAGAACUCUCUCUCUCUAUCUCUCUCUGUGUGAUAAAUUUCGUUCAGAGACUUUCUCUUCUUUUAUCUAGUGACGAUUUAGUGAAUGCUGGUAUAGGUUAUUGAAGAAUAUGGGUGGGGAUAAUAAACAAGGACUGAAGAAAAUAGGUUAUGUUGGCGGAUUCCUGCAGCUGUUUGACUGGAAAUCAAAAUCUAGGAAGAAGCUAUUUGCUAGCAAGUCUGAUUUAUCAGAACAAUCAAAGGGGAAAAAAGGAACACAUGGAAAUCAUCCAACUACACGGUUUUAUCUGACUGAUGAUGAUGAAACUCUAAUGGGUUCAAGUCUUAAAGGUAGUGAAUAUAGUUGUGCUUCAUCAAUGACUGAUGAUGAUGGAUACGGAAAUAAGGCUCCUGGUGUGGUUGCCCGACUAAUGGGGUUAGAUUCAUUGCCCACAUCUUAUUUCGGAGAGCCUUGUGCAACCACUCCAUUUCUUGACUCACAGUCUCUUAAAGAUCAUUGUCAAACACUUUCGGGGACAUCAAUCCAGAAUUCAGUUGAGAUUAUGUCACAGAAAAUGAUAAACAGCCCUAUUAAGAAGUUCCAAACUGAAAUAUUGCCUCCUAAGUCGGCUAAACCGAUACCCAUCACUCAAAAUAAGCUUUUGUCGCCAAUUAAAAGCCCCGGUUUUGUUCUUUUGAAGGAUGCAUCCGACAUAAUGGAAGCUGCUGCCAAAAUCAUUGAUCCGGGACUACAAGCUUCAUCAUCAUCUACUUCCAAGUCCAAAACGCGUUUGAUUGGAUCUUCAUCCGUUCCUUUGAAAGUUAAGGAUUUGAAAGAGAAAGCAGAAGGUGUUCAAAAAUCAUCCAGGUUUCCAAAGGGACAAUGCAGAUCAAGAUCCUCUUCUGAUGAUGAUGUAAAUAACAAAGGCAGGUCUAUUUCGCUUGCUGUUCAAGCAAAAGUUAACGUUCAGAAACGGGAAGGGUUGAGCCAAAAUGCUAUCAGAAGCUCAUCUGGACAGAAAGAACAAUCGAUCAAAAAUCAACAGAACUGCCAGAAAAAGCCUUCAACAAACAAUUCUUCAACUUCCCUUAGGCAGAACAACAACCCAAAACAGAGCUGCCUAGUUGAUAAAGAGAAUUUACCUUCUAAGAAGAACAACCACCCAAAACAGAGCUGCCUACUUGAUAAAGAGAAUUUACCUUCUAAGCCUCUUCCUAAGGUGCAAGGAAGAAGAACAAAACCAGUCGACUCUUCUCCUGGUCAAAUGAAAUCCAUUGUCAAAUCCAAAGCAACUGAUCAUGGUUCAAAAAGUGCAUCCCUGAAGAAUAGGUUGAAUGAAGGCAAUUCUCAUCAAGAGAAGAAUGACAGACAAAUCUCAUUGAAAUCAGCAACAGAAAGAAAUCUUACUCGGGCUGAGGAAAACAAAGGCAAAGGUGUAGAUGUCGUCUCUUUUACAUUCACGUCUCCAAUCUCAAGAUCAAUGAAAAGCGAGAAACCACGACGGGCAUCCCAGAAAAAUAUGAAUGGAGGUGAUGGUGAUGCUUUAAGCGCUUUGUUGGAGCAAAAGCUAAAAGAAUUAACUCACAUUGUUGAUUCAAAUGGCGACUAUUCUUCUUCUUCUUCUUCCACUUCUCAAGAUUCGGUUUCAGAUAUUGAAUCAGUGACUACCACACAGAUAUCAUAUGAUAGUAUGAACCAAAAGGCGGCACAUCAUCAUCAUAGGCUUCAGAUAAACGAAGAAAUGAACAUGGAACCUUCCAAAAUGCUAGAAAAACAUUAUCCAAGUCCAAUCUCAGUUCUAGAAUCUUCUAGUCUGACAGAAAGUUGUAACUCCUCAAAAAGUAUUACUACUACGACUACAUCAUCAGUCCAAGCUGAUGCCAACUUAUCAGAUACAGAUUCAUCCACUUCCACAAUUAUCGCUCCAUCAAGUGGAUGGGAACUUGAGUAUAUAAAGGAGAUACUGUUGGACAUGGAGCCAAUGUUUGAAGACUAUGCAAUAGGCCGUUCUCAACAUUUUGUAAAUCCCCAAAUAUUCCAUCGAAUUGAGAACAGCCAAAAAUGUUCUUAUGGAGGAGAUGUUGGAAAGCAGAUGAGGAAAGUCUUGUUUGAUUUUGUGAAUGAAAGCAUGGAUUUGAGAUGCAGGCAGUAUACAAGAGGGGGAUGCGGUUAUAAGAAGGGAAUGCAGACGAUGAUGAGAAGAAAAGAGUGGUUAGCGGAAGAAGUAUAUGCGGAGAUGGAAGGAUGGAGAGGAUCGGGAGAUUGUAUGGUGGAUGAUUUAGUUGAAAAAGAUAUGAGCAGCCAGUUUGGGAAAUGGGUUGAGUUUGAUGUUGCAGUAUUUGAAGUUGGAGUGAAGAUUGAAGGAAGAAUCCUCACCUCAUUGAUUAAUGAAGUUGUUGCAGAUAUCUUCAGACUGUAAAAAAGUGUUGCCCUCAUUCUUUAUGGAUCUUUUGGGUUCUUCCAACCAGGUAAUUGUCAUUUCAAUUACUGUUUUAAUAGAAAUAGCCGUGGUUCAAUUGAUGAUAUCGAGUCUGUUUGGGGCCAGCAUAUCGUUAGCACCACUGAUACUUUUGAAUGUGUAUAAAUGAAAUUAGAACUGUAAUUUCAUCUUUAUAAAAUUGGAAUUGAAUUGUGUUUAUGUUUGGAGAACUCAUAGAAUUGAAAUUUCCAAGUGUGGGGAUGAUGUUG